AAUAAAUGCAUUUGUUUAUUGCAAAAGUAAUAUUUUUAGAGAGUACUUGUGACAUGGAGUACUUACUAGUACUACUAUUUCUAUUGCAAGUUUUAGCAUUCGCUACUCUUGACAACCCUCCAGUCGUUGAAUUACCCAAUUUGGGCAAAAUUAAAGGCGGUUUUGGGAAAUCUCUAAACCGGCGAACAUUUUAUUCUUUUGAAGGCGUACCAUAUGCUCGACCACCAAUAGGAGACCACAGAUUCGAGCCGCCGUCACCUGUAACACCAUGGGUGGGAACCUGGGAGGCCAAAACCAUUUACAAAUGUAUACAAUAUAACCAGUACACACCACCUGGGCAAGACUAUGUCAUCGGUGACGAAGACUGUCUAUAUUUGAACAUUUACACCCCCAACCUGGACAAAAAUGCAAACCUAGACGUUGUAGUGUACAUCCACGGUGGAGCGUUCAUGUUCAACUGGGGCGGUCUGCACGGACCCGACUACCUCCUAGACGAAAACGUGGUCUUCGUCAAUCUAAACUAUCGUCUAGGACCUCUAGGUUUCUUAAGCACGGAAGACCCGGUGGUUCCCGGUAACAACGGCGCCAAAGACCAAAUCUUUGCCUUAGAGUUUAUAAAACAACACGUGAAGUACUUCGGUGGCAACCCCGACUCCGUGACUAUUAUGGGAAUGUCAGCAGGUGGUGCUAGUGUCCAUUUCCACUACCUCUCCCCGAAAUCUCGCGGUUUAUUCCAUAGAGGAAUCUCGCAAAGCGGUACCACUCUAGACCCCUGGGUACUACAAGAACAACCGCUUCAGAAAGCUAAAAAGUUGGCCACAAAUGUGGGUUGUCGUUCCAAAGACACGACAAAAAUGAUCGCAUGUUUGAAAAAACGCCCAGCUCGCCAGAUCGUCGCUUCGGUCAAAACUUUCCAACCCUGGUUGUACACACCGUUUUCGCCGUUCGGGCUUGUAGUGGAUCCGUGGUCGCCCGAUCCGGUACUACCAGCACACCCUUAUACUAUAAUCAAAGAUAAACAAGUAUACGACGUGCCUUGGAUUGCUUCCUACACGAGUUCCGAAGGACUUUAUCCGGCAGCUGAUUUCUACAUAGAUGAGCAGUACCUGGAAGAUGUUGAAACUAGAUGGAACGAGCUUCUUCCGUUCAUUUUAGACUACAAUUACACUGUAGAUCUAAAAUUGCACGACCAAGUGAGUCAGGAUAUUCGCAAGCACUACCUGAAAGACGUCAAAGUUUCUAGAUCUACUUUCAAAGAUUUUAUACCGGUGGUAUCGGACCGAAUUUUUGUUAUUGGUAUACAGAAGACGGCACUGUUACAAGCUUCCGUUACUAAAUCGCCUGUUUAUUCGUACUACUUUACGUACCGAGGUGCCCAUAGCUGGUCUGAGUACAGAGGCGGUACGACCGAAGAUUUUGGGGCCUCGCAUGGAGACGACACGGUUUAUGCGUUAAAGGUCGAAGCUGUGGAUACUACAACGACCGAGGAAGACAGAGAUAUGAUAAAAUUGUUCACCAAGUUGGUUACGUCAUUUGCUAAAGAAGGGAAACCAGGAGUACCUGUAGAGUGGCCACCCGUUUCCAAAGACGUUAAAGAUCCGUUCGUUUAUUUACAAAUCGACUCGCCACAAAAACUGUCCGUGGGGUACGGAGUUUCGGAAAAUAUGGAAUUUUGGGAUUCGUUGCCCAUUAUUGAAAACGAAAAAUUGGUAGCUCGACAUGCCAAAGAUGAAUUGUAACCGUUUUUAAGUAAAACUGUUAUUAACAACAAUAAACGAUUUAUUAUCA